UUGUGGUCUGUGGUUCGUGGUAAACGUCUCUGGGUGUCAUCGUUAUUUUAAUGACAUUGUUGGCCCUGUUUGUAUACAAAUUCUUAAAAAAUGGUAUUGAUAAGACCAGACUCUGAAGCAGAUAAGCAUCGUCCGUAUCAUAAUAAAACACCUAAACGUGUUUUACAUUUUUCUGAUGGUACUUUGGAAGAGUAUAGUACAGAUGAUGAGGAAGUAGACUCGCCCCAUAAAGAAGUUGUCGAUCCCAGAACUCUAUCAUGGGGACCCUGGAUGGUGUAUAAAACUUGGGCUGCCGGAGAAACCACACUAUCUGUCAUCGACUACAUUGGCGAAUCUUUAGCAUCCUUGUUUGGUAUUACAACUCCAAAGUACUAUUUUGAACUAGAAGAGUACAAAAGACAGCAAGAACAGGAGAAAAAGAUUGAGGAAUUACAGAAAGGUUGGUCCGAGCCAGCUGACAGUGUCAUUAACAUACCUCUAGAAACUGUUGCAACUAGCCAACCAAAACCCGUCAAUGUCUAGCUCAAAGAAUCCUGCGGAUAUUAAUGCAUUUUUUACUUAUAUUACAAAUGUGCCUGUUUAAGCAAUUAAAUAAAUACUAAUAUGAGCAACAAAGAUUCUAGUUUAGCUACUAUUUUGCACAGAUAAUGUUUUUAUAUGGCACUCAAUAAUGAUAUAAUAUAAUAUGCCUAAGUUACCAAAUUUUGUAUUU